UGUCACACUACAAAAAUCACUUCCCUGUGAGUUCACGAAGAACUCUGGCUUACACCUGUUCAGGAACCACGCUCAUAUUCAUGAUUGAUCACUUCUAGAAAGCAGUUCAAGUUCCUGACUUAUCUCUGUCAAUUUCUGAGCAGUGAGGGCCAUGCUGUACAUAGAGUUGAUCAAGCUGUGGGAUGAGGCUGUGAGAGCAAUAGACAGCCGGGACUGGCAGAGUGCUCUCACUAAACUCAACCAGAUCACAGAACACAACUGUCGCACUAUGUUUGUGGUUGCUUCGACACACAUUGCCCUGGGUCAGGUGGACUUGGCCAUCGAGGCUCUCGACCAGGUAAUCGCGAAGGAUUCAUGUCUUGCUGUGGGAUUUUUUCAGAGGUCUGCCGUUCAUAUGAUGGCAAAUAGGCUGGAGGAGGCACUGGCUGAUUGUAUAUGGGCUCAGAAGUUCAUGAGGGAAAACCCUGUUAUUGACUACAAACAGCUGGGUCUUCGCUAUAAAAUGUACAGCUGGCAGGUCCUUUAUAAUGCAGCAGCUGUCCACUCUAGACUGCAGCAAUGGGACAAAGCCAGGGAAAUUCUGACAGCGGCCUCACAGGAGAGAGGAGCGGGCUGGAGCAACUUGAUAGGCAUAGCUCUUGAGGCUAUUUCUAGGAGAGAGGUUUUGGAGCCUCUCUUGGUUCCUGAGGGUGAAGUGUUCCGUCCCAGGAAACAGGAGGUAGACCAGCUUAAACCGAGGGACUUCUUGGGUGAAGCUAAGGUCAUCACUUCUUUGAUUCCAAAUGAUGACUUCAGAGGUUUUGAUCCUCUCAGACCACAGAAACCAGGGUACUAUGAGCCAAAGGUAGAAGAUGGCCAGGACUCUCGUUACAUGAUAAUGAAGAGUGCAUAUGUGGCAAAAGGGGCAGGGGAGCUCACGGUGCCUGCAGGAGCAGAAGUGUUUUUGUACAGUGAUGAUGACAAAGACGGACUGGCAAUCAUCAUUUAUGAUGGAAAGAAAGGUCUGGUUCCCAAUUUCCUGCUUGAACCGAUGGGCAAGAAAAACAAGGGUAAAACCAAGCGAAUUGAACUUGCCAAUGGCAUCCCACUUCCACCAGCCCUAAACCCCCCAAAUCGACCCCAAGCUCCAUCUCAACGUUCAUUAGAGCUGCUCCCCUCCUAUGCCGGUGCUACCCACACAACUCCUCCUACAACCGGCAACUCCACCCGCGUCCCUACACAGCAGGCCCAAACUUCACCUCAGGAGUCUGGAUCAGUCAUAGUCAAGGUGCACUAUUCAUACACCAUGGCUCUGAGAGUCCCUCUAGAAACUUCUUUCCGGGAUCUGCAAGACAAAAUCGCUGAGAAAUUAGGACAGCCUGCAAUGAACAUUCGCCUCAGACACAGAAGGAAUGGCACCAGAGCACUAACACCACUGAAUGGUGAUGAUAGACUGGAUAGCCUGAAUGGUGUUGCUGAAUACGGACGUGCCCAAAUUUGGUGCCAGAAUGAGGAACCUCUGGCCAACAGGGCCAUUCUCUAUCAGAUGGUGGCACUGUAUGACUACAGUGCACAAGGCCCAGAGGAUUUGGAAUUCAGUGAAGGCGACACAAUUGACAUUCUGAGUGAAGUGAAUGAUGAGUGGUUAGAAGGACACAUUGCUGGAAAUAUCGGCAUCUUCCCUCGAAGUUUUGCUCAUCGGGAUACAGACAGCAUCAGUGGGGCAUCAACAGACUGACACAGCCUCUAAACAUCAACAGUGGCUGUAUUAGCCUUGAGUGAAUAAGAACUUUCUCGUGUGCAUCGACAGUCAUGAGGGGUCCAUCUGUUAAAAAUUACAGUAUUUAUCUUCAUGCCAAAAUAUGUCUGUGCCCAACUGCUGUCUCAAUGAACAUGAUCACAAUAACUUUUGAGCAUACAUUUUUAAACUUAAAAUCAAAAUAAUUCCUCCUUUCCAUAUUUUUUUUUCUGUUCUAAAGGUGAAUUUUUCUAUAAUAACAUUUUCCUUGAUUUAUUUUUCCAUUUACUUAAUGAGAUCACAGCAGUCUUUAAGUGCUUUUACCUGGAAAAUAAUAUCAUUUGGAAAUUUAAGAUAAAAUAUAUUACUUAUAAUGGUACCGGAACAUCCAAAUUUCUGUCUAAAUUAGAUGCCAACUGGAAACUCCUGGCUCACCUUACAGAGUGAGUUCAUUUAAUAUUAAUAGAAAAGUGAAAAUUUCAGGUACUUUUUGAGAUCACAAAACAGGGCGGCUAGAGGCCAAAUCCAAAGUUUUAAAUAGUGCUCCAUGGGAUGCCAGCUUUAGUUUACAUCAUUGCCACCCACCUCUUCUUAACCUGCAGCUGACAUGGUAUUUAUCAUAUACAAACUGAACAGCAGAGCAGUGCAGCAAAAAGAGAUUAUUUAACUUGCAUCACACCCAUACAAUACACACCGCUGGCAGAUUUUAUUUCCGACUUGGUCAGAUGUCAUAAAAUGGCUUUUAAAUCAUCCUUGUCCUGUAGUGAGAGCUGAAUACACCUCAGCAAGGUAUCUGUAAUGCAGUGUUUAAUGGCGUGGUGUGCUCUGUCAGACUGGGUACUGGGGCAUGGCACUGCAGCAUACGAUCCCUCUGCUCUUUUAUAUUGCCGUAAUUAUGGGGUUGGCAGAGCCCAGCGUGACGCACAUUUCCCUCAAUUCCCAUUAAACAUUUUGCUAUUAAUCAAAGCCGUAUCGCAUUCUGACCCAACAUUUACCGAUCAGUUCUUCCCCUCCAACCUUCUGUCCCUGGAUUUUUAUUUGUUAAAGAGUGAAAUUCAGCGUUAUGUUUAUGAGCUGUUGUAAAUGGUGUUGUAUAAGUGUCAGGGAGUUUUACAGUUUAACAUGUUUCAGCAUCAAAACAAGCUUCUGUCAGUUGUAACUGUACUGUAUUUGGGUCUUUGUGUAGCGCAGCCAACGGCUGCAAUUUAAUGGCCUUGACUGCGCAACCCGUCAUAAAAGUUAGUUGUUAAUUCUGUACAUCACUUGCCCUGUACUCAAAAGAUAAUGUGGGACUCUUUAUAAAGAAAACAGACAGAAGAAAACAGCCAACUAUGAUGGUGCAAGGGGAAAUCUGGAGACUCAAUUUUAAGCCAAGAGAACAGGAGUUACUCAAAUUAGGUUAAACCAACCCAACCACACAGCUUCAUUAAAUCACUCUCACAAAUACGCGCACACGAACAGAGAAAGAAAGGACAAGGGAAGAUAUUUGGUAUUUUAGCACUUAAUUGAAUUACUGGCAUUCAUUUUGGAGCACUUCUGAAUGUGUAUGUGUGCUUUUGGUAAGUGAGUCAUAGUUGUGCGUGACUUACAGCUGAAGUGUAUUCACUUCUACAGUGCAUAAAGAUCAAUGAGCAUC